AAAUUCUCCUACUCUUAAACAUUUUUUUCAUAUCUCUUCUCCAAUUCUUCCUAAAUCCUAUUUUUAACUCUCUACUCUCUAAUUCUCUUAUUCUCCAAUAUAUUAUAUAUCUACUCUCUAAUUCUCUUAUUCUCCAAUAUAUUAUAAAUCUACUCUCUAAUUCUCUUCUCCAAGAAGUUAAGAUGGAAAAUCAAAAUGCCAUUAUACGGCAUAAUUUUGAUAAGCAGAAGGACCCGAAGACCGGGAUGUGGUACGCAAUUUGUAAAUGGUGCGAAAAAAAAUGUAUUAUGGGGGCUUCAGGCGGAUUCAGGAUGGCAAUCAAGCAUAUGAAGUCAUGUGACAAAGCCAAAGGAUCGGGAGGUGCGGGAAGUUCCGAUUGUUUUAAUUUUCAAAUGUAGUUCCUAUUUCAUUUCAAAUAAAUGCAAUUGAAGUUUGUUUUUAAUACUCGUAUCAAACUAUAAACUAUAAAAUAUAAAAUAUAAAUUAUAAAAAAAAAAUUAACCGGCCCGGCCCGAACCGGACCCGACCCGUGACCCGGGCGGGUGGCCCGGCCCGAACCGGACCCGUCCAACCCUCGGGCCGGUCCCGGGCCCACUGUUCUUGAACCG